AUGGAAGACGAUUGGCUUCGACAGCAAUACAAAGCUUCCGUGAAUUUCCCCCUCCAAGGCAUGGAAUCAGUUGUUGCUACGGUCAGUGGAUAUCACGGUUCUGAGCGGUUUAAACUCAUCAAACUGAUAUCUCAGACUGGUGCAAGCUAUGUUGGGGCGAUGAAUCAAUCCACAACACAUUUGGUUUGUUGGAAAUUUAGAGGGAGGAAAUACGAGCUCGCGAGGAAGUUCAACAUGCUUAUAGUCAACCAUCGAUGGGUUGAAGAUUGUAUAAAGCAAGGUAGACGGGUACCAGAGCAUCCCUAUCUCUCCAAGUGUGGUCAAAAAGUUGGGCCCUUACUGUUGGAUUUCUCUCUCACCGAUAAAGCAAGUCUUUUGCCUCCUGUUCUAUCUAAUGCUUGCGUCGACUUUAAAGAACCUGCACUUGACAUCGAGCCUGAAGAGAUUGACCAUGCUGUUUGGAUUGAUUCUAGUUUGUUAAAUGAGUUGCAGAAUUCAUCUCCUAAACUGGACAGAAGGAAGAGUAAUUCUCGCAGAUUACCGAGAAAGACGGGUAAUAAAAGUGUAAGGCGGGAUCACUCGUCUGGAAGCAGAUAUUGUUUUGAGGAGCCUUUUUUAUCUGAUUUUCUGAGGAUGGAGUACGAAGAAUCGGAUGCUCCUUCCUCUACACGCUUGGGCAGACAGAAGAGAAGCAGCACUACUUCAGCUGAACCUUCUCGCAAAAGCUAUAGGUUGGUGAAAAAGAAAAGUAGGGACAUUUUGGAGUCUUUUUCAGAUUCUGAGCAAGAGUGCCACACAAUAAGGGCCCAUCACAAGCAUAAUGAGAUUACAGCUCCAGCUGCAACUUUUGAUGGUGGGAGGAAUGGAAGCAUAUCAACAGUUAGGGAAGCAUCUGAUGAUAGCUCUUAUAGCCAUGGGGGAAAUACACUUGAGAGUAUGGAAGAUGUUGAAGAGAUUACAAAUUUGAAUGAUGAUGUUGCAUUCAAAGAUUCAAAAUUCCAUUCUCUUGUAGAAAAUCCACAAGAUGAUUGUUUGAUUGUUGACGAUGAUAUAAAUGACAUCGAACAUAUUACCAGAUUGUCUACGUCGACAGAAUUAUCAUGUGUUAUAUGUUGGACAAAUUUCAGUUCAACUAGGGGGGUUCUUCCAUGUGGGCAUCGAUUUUGUUUUCCAUGCAUCCAAAGCUGGGCCGAUCAUAUGAGGACAUGUCAAUAUCCUGUUGAUUUGAAGGAUAUUGCAAGUAAACUGACUUCUGAGUUUGCUAAGGGAACUAUUCUCAACAGAGGACAUUCCGAUUGA